AUGUUGCUCAAUGUUAAAAAACAAAGUUUACAAAUAUUUUCAAAUGUUUGUGGCAAAAGAGAAGAGGUUGGGCUAAGGACAUCAACUGGUCGAUUCGAUGGAAACAGGAAGAACCGGCACCAUCUUGUGAGUGACUUUUAUUACUAUAUUUCAAAAAUCUCUGUUCUCUUCGUUCAUAUUUCCAUCUUCCUAAUCUCACCACCACUACCAUCCUCCUCUGGCUCGCCCCCUGACGUGUACGAACACAUCACGAUCGGAGUGACGGUGAGCACCGUGAAUCAGGAUCUGGUGGCGAAUGCACUCCAGGGUGGAUACAACAAUUCCCUGAUGGACAGCAUCUACAGAGGAAACUACAGCUUGAAAGUCCGAGCCAUCGACAGAUGUGAAGGAAUGUUGGGUAUGAGUGAAGCUCUCACAUUCAUCCUCAACAACUCUGUCGACGUCAUAUUCGGGGCAUAUUGUACUGCCAAUUGCAUCUCGACAGCACAAGCAGCCAACUACUACGACGUCGCAUACUUCCCACUGAACUGCUUCGAUCCGACACUCGACAAUUCAACCCUUUACUCAACUGCCCUCAGAUUUUUUGGCUCCGUCACGGCAUUCGGUGAAUCUUUCGCGGUGUACUUCCAACGGUACCAGUGGAAAAAUGUCGCCAUCCUGAGCGAUGGAAUGGACUUUUGCAAUUUCGCAUUAAAAUCAAUACAAAAUUUUCUGAGAGUUAAUUCGGUGAAGAUUGCCGAAAUUGUUCAAGUACCGCAAGUCGUUGUUCCGAAUGAUGUUUCCUAUUUGAUGAAGAUUCGUCGUUCGGCGAGAAUUAUAAUUUUUUGCCACACCAACUACACGGCCUUCCAGCAAAUCAUGUUCCAGGCACAAGAUUUUGGUAUGACCAAUCCAGCUCAAUACGUCUGGAUCACUUUCUUCAACAUUUACUUAGGAUUCCCCUUCAACAUUCUCCUCUAUCCCUGGCUUUCCACCAACUCAACACAGAGGGACAAUUACAGAAAACAGGCUUUUUACGCUCUCAAAAUUGUCAGUAUUCUUAAUGCAACUUUAUUCAUGAAGACAUGA